GCGGCACAUCGCGACGUGUGCAAAAACAAUCAAAAUUAUAGACCGCUAUUGUAUCGAUGAAUGACGGAACACCUGCCUCGCCCUUUUGUCACUAUCGCAUGAUUGUGCACCGCAAAGAUACUUUUGUAACCAACUAGAGGAUAUUUAAAAUGCCCCCUGUUCUUGGUGGAGCGGAUAAAUGUCCACGCUGUAGUAAAAAUGUUUACUUUGCUGAGGAAGUUCGAGCACUUGGUAGAAAGUACCAUAAACAGUGCUUGAAAUGCACUGAAUGUGGCAAGUUCCUAGACAGCACUAAUUGUAAUGACCACGAGGAUGACAUCUUCUGUAACACCUGUUAUAGGAGAAACUUUGGACCCAACUCAGCAGCACCAGCUGCUGUCCCAGAGAUCGAUGCAGUGAAGUCACCACUUGGCUCUGACCAAUGUCAACGAUGUGGGAAGACUGUAUACAUGGCGGAGCGUUGUACUGGUGGAGGGAAGUACUUUCACAAGAGAUGCUUCCGAUGCAAUGCGUGUGGAGUAAGUCUAGACUCUAACAGACUCUCGGUCAGGGAAGAGGAGAUCUAUUGUAAAUCAUGCUAUGCUAAAAAUUUUGGACCUAAAGGAUAUGGAUUUGCUGGUGGAGCUUCUGGGUUAUCCAUGGAUACUGGGAAGCUGGAUGAAAUCCCGACUAGUAAUAUUCCAUCACUGGCACAAGCUCACACAGCGCCACUGAUGAGUGAAGGGGGAGAACUGGAGGAAGGAGACUGGACUGACGAUCGUGACAGAUGCAAUAGGUGUAGGAAAGUUGUUUAUUUUGCAGAGAGAGUUACUGGCAUUGGAAAGGUGUUCCACAAGAUUUGUUUUAAAUGCACCAACUGUAACAAGCUUUUAGACUCUACUACUGUUACUGAUCAUGGGGGACAAGCGUAUUGCAAAGCAUGUUACGGGAAAAACUUUGGACCCAAAGGUUAUGGAUUUGCAGGUGGAGCUUCAGGAUUGUCUAUGGAUACUGGGAAAUUGGAUGACAUUCCCACCAGCCACAUUCCCUCACUUGCCCAGGCUCUCACGGCUCCACUCAUGGGAGAAGAAAAUGGUCAAGGAACAGAGGACUGUAAUGAUGACAAAGAACGAUGUAGCCGCUGUCGUAAAGUUGUUUAUUUUGCAGAGAGAAUAACAGGCAUUGGCAAGGUUUUUCACAAGAUCUGUUUUAAGUGCUCCAACUGUAGUAAAAGUUUGGACUCGACUACAGUUACUGAACACGCUGGACAAGUUUAUUGUAAAGCUUGCUACACUAGAAACUUUGGACCUAAAGGAUUUGGAUUUGGAAUUUCCAUGGUCACAGAACAGGCCUAGAUUUGGCCGGGUGAAGUCUCUCCCACAGCUAGGCUCUAAAGAUCACCAAUUCUUUGUUCUUGUUGUGUAAACACCUUAAUAGUAUUUCAGUACAGUUUAAAUGGCUUCAGUAAAUAUAAACACACAAUACUUUACAAUCAUUUCUAUAGGAUUGUCAGAAGAAUCUUGUACAGUAUUGUGAAACUGUCUUCUAUAGGAUUUACGAAACUGUAAUUUUUAACAAUAUUUUAACAACAGGAUGUAUGAGUUACUUUAUGUAAAUUAAAAAAUUCUGGGCUCAGGAAAUAUGAUUGGAAGAUUCCUGAAGCAUUUCCUUGUUCUCGGAAAUAUACAAUGGACAAGCAGCAAGGGAAAUGUAAUAAAUGAAGGUUUAAUUUGUGUUAAAAUUUGAUUGCAUCCAAAUAUCAAUCAGCUAUAUAUAGCUAUAUCAGCUAUAAUAUUUCAGUAUUGAGGAUUGAGUUGUUGUUUUUUCAUAGUCUCAAAGAAACACAUUUAAAACAAAAUAACAUAUAGAUUGCUUAUAGAGUUCUUAAAUAAUGUAUUAUUAUGAAUUUAUCAAAGGGUAAUAAUAACAGUAUUAUAGAGUUGAAGAUGUAACAUCUCUAGUUAUAUAUUUAAACAUUUGCUUCAAGAUAAAUACAUUAGUGUCAGAUUUUGUAGACAUUUUUCCUUUGUAGUAAGUUAUUGGUUAAAAAGUUUUAUUUCCCAUAUGUUCUUUGAAAUAUACAAUACUUUGGCAUUACUUAUAUAAGAGACAGAACAUUUGGCUUCUUAAUACUCAGUCAUUGUCAAUGGAAUGUCAUCUGUUCUAUACAAAAUAUGUUAUACUUGCUACACACAUGCCAGAUAUGAGCAGCAGAUCUGUUGUCAUUGAACAUUUAUUGAAUGUUGCCAGCACUUGCCUUCUUUAAAACAAUAUUGUUGUCAAUCUAGUUUGGGGCUAAUGCAAUCAAAUAACCAGUCAUCAACUUGUAGUUGCUUCCUUCCCUGUUACAUGACCUUUUUUUUUGUGCUAUAAUUGAUUUAGUCUAGAGUCUUACUGAUUAGUGUGAAAGUUUUGUGGAACUCAACUCAAAAGCUUGUAGAUUUUUUUUGGUGAACACAAAUUGUUCAGUCUAUUGAUAAGAAAAAAUGAAACCAAAAUGUUGACAUUGUUGUUAUUGUUUGUUUGUAUUCUCUAUUUACGUACAUCCCUUUUGGUUCUCUUAUAAAAUACAGACGUUACUUUUUAUUAAAAAAAAAGAUGAUAAUGUUGAUAUGAUUUACUGAACAUGUUGUUUAUAUUUCACUCUGGUGCUAAGUCCUUACACAACAGAUAUUGGUGAUUUUUCAAAAUGUAUUUUUUGUUUGCUCAUUGAAAUAUAACUAGUGCACGCACCACAAAAGACAAUUUAUUUGUUCAAACCAACUAUACAAUGAUAAAUACAAAUAGAUGUAACUAUGCUAGUAAUAUCUAGUAUUAAAAAGUUUUUUUCAUAUUAUCCAGAUACUAUUUGAUUUAAUGCUAAGUAUCCGCUAAAGAAUAUUUAUGUAUGCACAUUUUGUUUUAGAACUAACUAGAAUCAAUUUUUAUUUAUUUGGCUUUUUUUUUUUUUAUUUACAAACUCAUCACUGACGCACUUUAACAAAUAUCUGAUUUUAUUCAAUUUUCAACACUGGCAUCUUUAAUGCCAAAAAUUAAUUUAUUCUUUUUUUUUUUUUUUUUUUUUGUAUAAAUCUUGUAAUUAUUCUCUUGUAUUUAUUGAUGUUCUUUCAAUGUUUGUUAGGCCUAUGAUAAAAAAAUUAAAUUCUGGUAUAAAGAAGUCAGAUACUGUUCAAGUCUAUAAUGUUGUUCUACAGCGCAGGGAUUCAUAAGACUAGUUUCUGUUCAGUAUAUCCAGAGAUGGUUUGAGCUGACAAUGUAAUUCUGUUGUUAAGACAAAUCUGAAAUCAUUAAUGUGGCUUUUCAUUUAAACUAAUACUUGAUUUGAAGUGUUGAACUGAUUGAUUGGAAGAAUGCAUUAAGACGAGAUUUAUUUAAGGAAUAUUUGUAUACAGUUUUGCACUGGCAAGCUUGGUUAGUGAAUAAUAAAUAAAUGAUUCCCCUUAGAAACUUUUCAGCCUAUAACUUAUUAUUGACACUUGAUCAAAGUGGCCUGAGUGGAUCUGAUCAGUCUAAAAAUGUGCUUUGUUAAUCAUCAUUGAAAAUAUCAUGAGUUUAGUGAUGGAUGUUGUUUGUAAUGUCUGAACAUUCCCAAAUGGUAUUUUUCUUGUUAUUAUACUAUUUCAAACUAAAGCAAUCGUGUUUUUUUUAUAUAUUUUUUCCCAAAACCAUUAUUUUCUUGAACUACUGUCAGUCACUUGUGAAUUUUUGUUUUGAAAAUUAAAUUGUGACACUUGAUUCUCAUCAUUUCAUCACAGUUUGGGAGAUAGGGAUUGUUUCUUUUCUCUGCUGUGCUUUCUCUUCUCAGCGUUAUGGAACGUUUUCUUUAUUGGAUGCCCCACAAAUUGAAACAUUGGUUGUGUCAAAUAACUUAGUGAUCUUUGGUUGUGUCCCUUUGCCUUUCAUAUCUCAGAUCACAUAAUUUUUUUAUGUUUAUGCUUAGCAAAAGCCUGUCCAAAGAAUGGUAUUCAAUCUUGUUACUUCUGGGAGAGUUUAGACCACCAAAAUCUUUCACAUGCUGCAAUCAUGUUCUACUGACAUCUACUUGUUAACAUUUAUGCUCUUGGUUUUUGUUGUUUUUUUUGGUUGAAAGAAGUGCACCUUUAAUAUUUGUUUUUAGAUUGUUAUGAAACAAAAAUGUGUAUGUUUGACAAAAAGUAACAUAUAGUUUGUGUCCUGUUUAAAGAAUAAUCCACUUUUGUAGAAUUUGUCACACAAGUAAAAAGAAAUUUUGACUGAAUGUCUGUUUGUUACAACAUUUGUAGCCAUCAGCUGUCUGUUUGAAGCUUUGGUUUCAAAAUCUAUUUAGGGAAUACAUAGUUAUAGUGUUUUUCUUAUUUCAACUAUGAAAGCAUUUGUCUACCCAAAUUUGUUUGCAUCUGACUGUGUACAUUACAGGUGCAUCUGACUGUGUACGUUGAAGGUGAGCAGGUCUUUGUGUUUAGCUCACACUCCCAUUGUAUGUUAUUGUCCACAGUAAUAAUCAAACUCUUAUUCACUGUCUGUUACAUCUUAAAAGUUUGUUUCAUGCAACUGUUAGUGUGGCUUUGGGUUUUUUUUUCCACCCCAAUACUUGUUAAUCAUUCCACAGCAGUUCCUUAUACUUUUUGUUGUUAUGGACCAUCAUAUGUUAAUAUAUUGUUAUUAUAAACUAAAGUGACCAACAUGUUGUUAUAUUUGUUUUAUUGGCUAACAGGACCAUGAAAUGUUGUUAUAGUGUCACUAUAGACAGGGCCUACCGACAUAUACUAUAACAUUUGGACUUAUUUUAUGAGCAUGGGACACAUCUAACAUAUUCUACUGUUCGUUAUUUGCUAACCUGGUCACUUAUUAAGUAUAUUAUGGACAGAUGGGGCUAAUAUAUUCCAGAUUCAAUGUACACAAGUAGGCAUUCUUUAAAUAUUGUUUUUUGUGUAAUGUACUUUUUCUUUUUUAAUUCCUUGCUAGACACACAUUUCUGUCUCAUGUUUAUUUUUUUAUUUUUCUGAUAUUAACUGAAAACAUGUAUUCAUGAAAUUUUUCUGACAAGCGAAAAAAGUUUUUUCUUUUUUUUUUCAAAUUUUUUUUUCUCCACAUUUUUUUAAUGUAACAGCUUUCUGUUGUUUUAUAAAUAGUUGUUUAGCAUGCCUAAUUAUUUUAUCAUGCCUAAUUUUGCACAAAAUUGAAUGAUGUUGUUUAGAUUGUUUUUGUUUCAUACGUUUUGGAUUUUCUUUCAGAAAUGAAGAUGAUGAAGUCUUAGCCCAAACCUCCUGCAGGAUGGCAGGGUUUAAACUCAGGCCCAUCAAGACAACAUUCUGAAGCGCAUACCCCCUGACCAGGCAGCCAUCUUAUUAUUGCAGACGUUUGUAGAACUAGAUUUCUAAUUAGAAAAAAAAACAAACUCCAAAGUUAUUUUAAAAUCUGGAUUUCAAAUUUCAGAACAUAUUGUUUUAUUAGCAAUUAUUUUCAAAUUUGUUUUUAUUAAAAAACUUUUUGAGCCCAAAUGUUGAGUCCAAAAUGACUACUAUGACCUUUUACUUGUAAACUUCUGACUAAUAACCAUGAUGGAAAAUGAAAAACAUUUUAUUUCAUAGUAUUUUAAAGUGUAUAUCCUAAUUGAGCAUUAUUUCAAAGACCAUAGACAUAAAAGUAAAAUUGCAGUAGUGAAAUGAAGUCUAUAGGUCUCUAGGUCAUCAUUCAAACAAACAUGAUAGUAAAUUGGUAAAAGAUAUUUCAUUUUUUCUUAGAGAUCUUUUGACAGAUAUCUUAUAAAUUAAAAAAAAAAUAAUAAUAAUUACAUUUAUUUAAAGCUAUUUGACUAUGAAAAAAAUGCAAACCAUUUGAAUGAUGACCCUUAAGUUGGUACUAUAGAUUGGCUUUGCUGAUUUUAUUGUCAUUAGAAUGACUUGAAUAAAACAUAUCACACUUGUGUCUGUUGUAUGUCUUUUUGUGGACCAUUCAAUGUCCCAAUACUUUUGUCUUGACAAAUGAUUUUUUUUUUAAAUUUGGAAAAUAGACCUGGCUUUUUUUUUUGUUUUGUUUUGUUUUCACAUGAAAGUUAAACUCCAAACUUGUAGACAGUCUAUUUGUUGAAUAUUUGACAUGUGAUCAUUACAAGACUAUUAAGUCAUGUUUUGUCAACUCUCAGGCCUUGUACAGCAGUAGAUCAUGUUUGCGUAGAAAUUAUUAUUUUUUUUUGGCAUAGUGUCUGUUUACGUUUCCCUAAGUCAAAAAGGUCAGAUUUUUAAAAUGGGUUACAAAACAAACAACUGUAUUUCAAUGUUUCAAGGUCUUUGUUAUUUAAUUAAAACCUUUUUGUGUAAUAUUUGAAAUUAUUUGUUGAUGUGGUAAUUUUUUUAGUCAUUUAAACACUUUUAUUGUAUUGCAUGUCACAGUAACCUCCCCUGUUAACCAGCUUAUCUUAUCUUGUUUUCCCUAGAAUGUUACACUAAGCUAGGUGUUGUAUUACUCUCCACUUGUAUUCCAGUAUAGAACAUAUUCAAAUGAAAUAAACAGCUUCUUGACUGCCAA